CAGGAAACAUUUUCCUUUUCAUUCAAAACAUCAGCGACCAACAUUGCAGAGGAAGCAGCUCUACUAACAAAAAUACUGUGGAGGUUUCAAUUUUUUCAGUUUUUAGCUUUUUACAGAAAAAUCCACAAUGAACCAACAAAUUGCUUGGAUAACUCUCAUCCUGCAUGGUUUUUGCCUCGGCUCCUGCUUGCAGGUCCCUUUACGAAAGUACUACUAUGUUAACCAGUUUAUGACCUGGCCUGAAGCUCAGCAGUUCUGCAGGGAGCAUUACACCGACCUGGCCACGUUUGAGAGCAUGGACGACAUAAACAGGCUGAAACCUAAUAUUUCCUAUUCCUGGGCAUGGAUCGGACUCUGGGACGAUCCGAAUGCCUGGAAAACUGCAAUGGGCAACGAGCCCAACUCCUGGAGAUGGUCUGCAACCGGAGAAACCAGUAAAACUGGUUACCAGUCGUGGGGCACUGGUGAACCAAACUUCUUAUAUCCAGGGCAGACGUGCACGUUUAUGGCCAAUGACGGGUACUGGUAUGAUAGUAACUGUGAGAGUGGAGUCAAAUUUAUUUGUUACAACGAGAACAAUGUGAAACAAUAUGUGUUGAUCUCAACUUUGGCAACAUGGAGUUCUGCUCAAAGCUACUGCAGAUCGCAUCACACCGACUUGGCAAUGAUUGAGAACAAGGCAGAAAACUCUGAAGUCAAACAGUUAAUUCCAACUGGAUUCUUUGUUUGGAUCGGACUGUACCGAGUGCCGUGGAGUUGGUCUGACAAGAGUCCCAGCCUCUUCCGCCGAUGGGGCCCUUCAGAACCAGACAACGGGGGUAUUCAGCACUGUGUCUGCAAGAAUACAGCACAUCUGUUUGGCGAUGAAAGAUGUGAUGAUGUCAAAGUCUUCAUUUGUGAACAAGUGGUAAAAACGAGCACCACUGUGAAAAUGACGAUGACAAGCGACGUGGAUCUGACCGACCCGGCCGUCAACGCCCAGGUCCUCCAGCAGCUUGGUGCCUUGCUGACAAACCAGGGAUGGACUGAUUUCAAAGUGCAAUGGAAGAUUGUCUCCAAGAAAAACAAAGAAAACUCUGCCGUGGGGCAGCAAGGCGACACGGACCCUCUGACCACCACCAGCAGAUUGUUUCAAUUUUCCAAGUAUCUAAGGUGCAGAAUGCUGCAUUUUUCACAUCUUUUUCUUUUUCAAUAUUCAGGUUUUUGCCUCGGCUCCUGCUUGCAGGUCCCUCUACGAAAGUACUACUAUGUUAACCAGUUGAUGACCUGGCCUAAAGCUCAGCAGUUCUGCAGGGAGCAUUACACGGACCUGGCCACGUUUGAGAGCAUGGACGACAUAAACAGGCUGGAACCUAAUAUUUCCUAUUCCUGGGCAUGGAUCGGACUCUGGGACGAUCCGAAUGCCUGGAAAACUGCAAUGGGCAACGAGCCCAACUCCUGGAGAUGGUCUGCAACCGGAGAAACCAGUAAAACUGGUUACCAGUCGUGGGGCACUGGUGAUCCAAACUUCAAAUAUUCAGUAGAAAUGUGCACGUUUAUGGAAAAAACUGGGUACUGGUCUGAUGAUAACUGCGAGAAAAAACACGAAUUUAUUUGUUACAAUGAGAACAAUGUGAAACAAUAUGUGUUUAUCUCAACUUUGGCAACAUGGAGUUCUGCUCAAAGCUACUGCAGAUCGCAUCACACCGACUUGGCAAUGAUUGAGAACAAGGCAGAAAACUCUGAAGUCAAACAGUUAAUUCCAACUGGAUUCUUUGUUUGGAUCGGACUGUACCGAGUGCCGUGGAGCUGGUCUGACAAGAGUCCCAGCCUCUUCCGCCGAUGGGGCCCUUCAGAACCAAACAACGCCGAGGGUAUUCAGCACUGUGUCUGCAAGAAUACAGCACAUCUGUUUGACGAUGAAAGAUGUGAUGCUGUCAAAGUCUUCAUUUGUGAACAAGUGGUAAAAACGAGCACCACUGUGAAAAUGACGAUGACAAGCGACGUGGAUCUGACCGACCCGGCCGUCAACGCCCAGGUCCUCCAGCAGCUUGGUGCCUUGCUGACAAACCAGGGAUGGACUGAUUUCAAAGUGCAAUGGAAGAUUGUCUCCAAGAAAAACAAAGAAAACUGAAUGCUGCAAAUUAAUUACAUCUGCUGAUUUACAGACCUUGUGUUUUUACCUUUUGCUCAAAUCAGAUUGCAAAUUAUUGUAAUAGAAAGUAAUGGUAUCUUGGGCUUUAACUGGGACCUAUUACAAAAAAUUCACUUUCUGUACGUCUUUAUACUCACAUUUAGGUUUCAGCUGCUUGUAAAAACAGAUGAAAUACUUCAAAAAACUGUUUUGGGGAUCAAUAUAGUAUUUUUAAACUGAAUUGAAUUUGGAAAAGGAAAAAGUACCCAGCUGUUUUUAGGCAGUAAGUUAAAGUUUUUUGGUGUCUGAAAAAUGAGUUUCAAAACCUUCCAGAGUCACAGUCAGGUACUGUGCCGUUACCUAGCAACCCCAGCCCGUCACCUAGCAACCCAAGCAGAGUUCCGCCAUGUUUGGGCAGCUGGUUUUACCGCUGAGUACAUUGUUCAGCGGAAAAGACCAGCGUUUUAUUGUUGACUUACCAUCCAGAAAUAUUAAGUUAUAAUGAUUUUAUGCAGAUAAAAUGUAACAAACCUGUUUUUAUGCCUGUUCAAGGCAGCAGAAGAGGUCACCUUUAAAACAAGAUACCUGAAAAAAACAGCUUAGCACUUUAGCAUCAUAUAAAGCUUCCAGUUAAAAGUGAAGCCUGAACAGAUACACUAAACCUGUAUAGUUGAAUUUCCUCUAUCCACUUGUAGAAGUUGGUAUAGCCACUAGAACGGUUUAAGCAUCCCUCAUUUGAUUAAUAGUCUUGAUUUUAAUGGAGUUUAACUGUAAUGUCAGGCUGUUUUGCUUCUGUUUAAAUGUAGUUGUACCAACUGUGACGAGUUUCUAGACCAGCUCAGAUUUCCUCAGCAAGAAAAUGAAGUUUAAUAGCUUAGUGUUUUUGUGUAAUUGCAAAAUGUGCAAACUGUAAACGAAACAAUGCAUGUAUUUUAUUUUCUUUCUAUCUAAUCUUAAUCUGGUUUCGCAAACAAAUCCAGGAUUAUUUACUGGUUUGUAUUUGAUUGUGUAGCGUAAGAUAAUGUAAGACCACCUUAUAAUAUCAAUACGUUCUGCAUUCUGGUUUAGGUCUAAAAGAGUUUUUAAUGAAACUGUUAAAUUAAAGAAAGAAAAUAAAUUGGCAGAUUGAUUUUAUUUUGAAGUUACAGAUUGAGGCAAACUAAAUACAAAAUACACCAGACAUGUUUUUGGGCUUAAUUUAAAAAAAAGAAAAAAAAAACUUUAUUUACGUUAAAUUGUUUAAAUCAGAGAAACCAAAUAUACUAUCUUGCUAAGACAAAGAUAUGACCCACGAACUUGUGCCUCAAAGACAAACUUUGCAUAUGAAAAUCAAAAGAAGAACCGUGAAUUUUGAAAAAGGCGACUUCCUUUCAAUCCAAAUAAGAUGACGUCUAAACUUUCAAACACCAAGCAGCUGCACGUGACCUCAGUAGUACUGCCUUUAUGAAUAAGAAAAGGUAGAUGAGGUGGAUAAAAAUAUAUAUGCAUAUAUAUUUAAAUUAUAAUAUAACAAUAAGAUUCACGGAAUUAAUAAAUGAAAUUCAGAUUUACAAUAUUUGCAGCUGGACUCUCCAGACUUUUAUUGGGAACGUUUGUUUUCCACAUUCUGUUCUAUUUUUUACAUUUGUCUUCAUAUAGAUUCAAGAUGAAAAAAUGUGUUUAAUUGAAAGCUUUGUCUCUUUGAGUUAAUAAAAAUUAACCUUUAGAUACUAAGAUCCUCCAUUUGUAAAGUUGUUUAUCAAGUCCAAAGACACCAAAGUGCUUCAUGCUCAUCCAUUUACACACAUUCACACGCUGAUGGUGGUAAAUUACCUGGAACCAAAGCUGCCGUGGGGCAGCAAGGCGACACGGACCCUCUGACCACCACCAGCAGGUAAAGAGGGUGGAGAGUUUUACCCAAAGGAGACAUUUUUUUGGGAUUAAUUAAAAGAAAGAAAGAAAAAAAAACUUACAUAAUUUUUCUUACAUGUUGGUCUAUUACAUAAAAUCACAAUAAAAUACUUUGAAGUUUCUGUUCAAUUUGACAAAAAAGUAAA